UAGAAACAGCAUUUGCAAUCCACCUAAGUGCAAGUGAAGUAAUUAAUUGCAACCUCAAUAGCACGAUUAAUCAUCACGAGCCAAGACAAGACUCAUCGCGUCCAAAGCGAGCUGAGAAAAAAUGGCGGAUUCUGUUGUAGCGCCCGCGCGAACGGAUCGCGAGCGUGUGAAGCGUGCCGUGGCAACGCUUAUUCAUUCGCGAGUGACGCGCUUUCACGCGUACAUGAUGAUUGAAGCUGAAAUUGAGAGCGAAGCGGAUAUCUCAAGGGACAUCGAAGACCAGCUACUUGUGAACUCUUUCACUAUCGCCGCCGUUAUCGCUGAAAGCUUGCCCUGUGUGCGCCGCAUGGCAUGGGCUUUUGAAAUGAAUGAACGUUGGUUUGAGGACACGUUGCCUAACCUGAGCGAUUUUCAUUUUAGACGGGCAUUUCGUGUUUCGCCCAGCACUUUCAGGUUCCUUGUCGAGUCGCUGGCAUGUGUUCUGAAUCUGUCAAACACAAACAUGCGACAAUCCAUCUCUGUCGAGAAAAGAGUGGCCAUUGGACUAUACCGCUUGUGUUCAUCUGCGGAGGACAGAACGAUUGCACACUUAUUUGCUGUCGGUCGUUCAACAGUGAACUUGAUGUGGAGGCAGUUCUGUGCGGCUGUUAUUGAGCAGCUUGAAGGCCAAUGGCUCUGCAUGGUCCGUCGUGACCAAAUGGACGACCACGUGAGGGAGUUCUUCGCCGUGACUGAAUUCCCACAAGCUGUUGGUGCCCUCGAUGGCUGCCACUUCGCCAUAUCACCACCAAAGGAACAUGCAGCGGACUACUACAAUUACAAGGGAUGGUACAGCAUUAUACUUCUGGCAUUAGUAGACCACAGGUACCGGUUCCGGUACAUCCGCGUUGGAAGCCCUGGGAGAUGCCACGACGCCAGCGUGUAUGCUGGUUCAGGACUAAAAGAAAUAGUUGAGAGUGCACAUUUCAUGUCUCCGCAGGCAAUCAUUGAGGACACUCGUGUUGCUCCAGUCAUUUUAUGUGAUCAGGCGUUUCCUUUGACAGAACACCUCAUGAAGCCAUUUGCGAAUCCGCGGGAUGGAACUGCUGAACGUGUGUUCAAUUAUAAUCUUUCAAGAACGAGAAGGAUAGUAGAAAACGCUUUCGGAAGAAUGAAAGCACGUUUCCGGUUUGUCGCAAAAAGGAUAGAAUGUCGCCUGCCAAACUCAAAGAGAGCAAUAAGGGCUGCUUGCACUUUGCACAACAUCUGUGAGGAUUUCCGGGACAACGUCGAGCAGGCAUGGGAGCAGGAAGCACAACAACUUUCUACUCUUUAUAUGCAACCUUCCCACAACACCCAAGAUUGAACGGAAGGGGGCGAGAAGGCAAGGAAUGCAUUUGCAAAAUACUUUGCGAAACGAGUGUCCCAUUCAUCAUGAGCAAUUUAACAUAUUUGAAAUGUAAACUUGCAUUGCUCGAAGUG